UUUGGAAUUAUCAUUUCAUAUCAUAGAGGGCAAGGGAGACUCUUUGCCAAUACCGGUUAUUUUCAUGUAAACAAUGUCAAUGUUGUCAUGACAAUAAACCAAGGGAUGAGCAAUGUCGCAAUAUGGCUGUGCCUGCUGGCAUCAAAUUAGAUGAAGGGAGCAGUCAUUUUGUUUCAAACUGCUUUCCUGUUCGACAGAUAUUUGGAUCAUCUGAUAGUGCUGGAGCAUGGUUGGUUGCUCAUCGAACAGAACAAAUCAGACAUCUAACCGAGCCCGGAGCAGAACCCAAGACAUAUGCGCAGCUCAAGUAUGAACGCAAACAGAAAGAGAAGGAGGAAAGAAGGGUGAAAGGAGAGACACUCGUACAAGAUGAGGAGGAAGAUAGUACAACCCCAGGAGUUUUAGAUGGAUUCUUUUUGCUGAAACACUGUUGUGUGGAAGACCCCUCAGACCUGUGUUCAGUUAAUAUAUCUGGUCAGGAUCUGACAGACGCCAAGGAAGAAGAUUUUGAACUCUUUGUUAAUGUUGCCUAUGUCAACGCUGGUGAAAACCUGUUACCUUUUGAUGCCUUCAAUCAUUUUCCAAUUAUACGUGAGCUAGAGUUACCUUUAAACGGACUACGAAAUAUUAGAUUAGAGUACAACCAUUUCCCUUAUUUAGAGGUAUUGGACCUUUCACACAACAAUCUUUCCAAGGAUGACGUGGGUAAUCUUGGCCUCCUCACCAACCUGCGAGUCCUUUACCUCACAGGGAACCAGCUUAGAUCAUUACCUCAGGAGAUGGGCAAACCGUUCAAAGUACAAAUAAGUAACUCUGAGUCCAGUCGAAUACCAAGGUUUUCUAAACUGGAGAUACUCAAUCUAGACGACAAUAACUUGCAUGAUCUUGCCACAUUCUCCAGUCUAGCAGGACUUAAAAAACUGCGACAACUCAACCUUGACAAGAAUGAGAUUGUGUUUGUGCCACAUCUAAAAGCCUUGAGUGGUCGCUUGGUUGCUGUAGACAGUUUAUCAGACUCUACGUUACGCAAGGGUCGACCCCGGUCCGGGAAGGGACGGAAAAAGGGCGGGGCCAGGAAGGAGGAUCAGGAGGAGCGUAGCGAGGAAACCACCCCUCAGGGCAGUGAGCUAGGAAAAGGAGCUGCCUCUGAGAUAUCAAACCUCCUCGAUGACAUAGAGGAGGAAGGAGACCUCUUUGAUGCUUCUCAUGUCCUGGAUGGUGAAAUGAACAAACUCCCUCCUCCAUUUCCUGAGCUUACAUCGCUUAGUCUAGCUUAUAAUAAGAUUUCAGAGGAAGAAGGUCUCCUAGGAGUGGCCGCUUGGCCCAUGCUUCAGGAACUCAUCAUCCACAACAACCCCCUCACCACCCUUAACAGCGGUGACCCACCCCUCCUCAAGCGGUACCUCACCAGUCGGCUUGGUAUACGUAUGGUCAGGAGGAAGCCUAGCAUGGUACCCAAACCACCUGUGGUGGUACCCAAUAAACCGCAUAGAAAGGUAGCAGAGAUAGUUCCACCCAUUCCCAAGAAGCCACUGCAGCUGAUGCUUGAAGGUCCACAUCCAGACUCCAAACCGACCACUUCCCAGACCCCUCCUCCAAAGCAAUCGAAACACCCCUCCAGAGAGGAAAGGACUCGCCCAUCCUCCCAGCCUCUACCACCCAUACAGCACACCCAAGAUGGGACCGAUCAAUUGCGUGAUAGGGAGGCGCAGGAUCAAGAGGAGAGGAUGGAGAGGACUAAGUCCUGGACGGAGGAGAGCUUUGGUGGAUCUGAUGCUGAGGAUGAACCUAGACCUGAACCUAAGGCCAAGGAUAAGGAUGCAGAUGAACCAGUCUUUUUGACACAGGUUGAUGAGCAACCAGAGGAUGAGGUUUCCAAACACGAGAGACUCACACCAAAGCCUCCUUCACAAGCCCCGAGACCUCCAGACAAACCUAAGAUUAGGAAACCAAGGGUCGACAGUGCUGCCUACUCCAUGGACGUCCCGCAGAAGUUCAAAGGUUACGAGGUCUUCUACGACGCGCCCGAUGACCCGGAAGUGUACACCGCCCCUGAUAUCCAGAGCAAUUUGAGGUCGUUGCGUCUGGCGUUGAAGCAUUCAACGGUGUACGGAGAGAACAAGGUUGAUCUGCAGAGGGUUCAGAAGCCAUUUAAAGCGUAUCAAAAGAGCAAAGUUCCUGGGAAGCCUCAUCACCCGUCCAAGGCCGAGAAGCUUAGUGGUAUCCUUGAUGUGAUGAAGAAGAGAGAAACAUAUGUAGAACAGAAUCUAGGAGAGAUCUUAGCUGAUAAAGAGAAGAUGAAAGAAUUCCCUCAGGUCACAAGACUCCUUGAAGAGAUUCAGAACAAAUACAGCGCUGUCCGCAACGCUUCCAUGAAAGAUAAACAGGAAGAGGACGAACAGAUAGACUCGAUGUUGCAGGACCUGGAACGGAUUGAGAGGACCAUGCAGUCAUCCCAGUCCUCAAGACACCAGACGAAGGAGAUUGUUGCAGAAUAGACCAGGUCUUGGACCAUGACUAAAAACUAGCCUUGAGAUCUCUCUAUAAUCACAUCUUUAGGAUGGUCCAUAAUCUUAACUUUAAACCAAAAUUUGGGUCAUAAUUAUAGAAUAGUUCCUAGUUCUAAGUUAUAAAACAGGGGGGGGGGUCAUUUCAUGACACUAAUAGUCAGUGAUUCACACUGACUAAUGUGCUCUGAGCCAAUCAGAUUCAAGGAUUCCAGUAGCUUGUAACUAUGGUCUGUAAAAAAUAACUAUUUGUUUCAUGAAAGGUUCCCCAGCUCUCUCUGGAUGCAGUAGAAAAAGCACUAACCCAUCUAGUCUAUCUAGCAGAACAAAAUCCUUCUGCUGCUUCCCUGUAGGACAGUUCCUGUUCUGAAUUCCAAUGAGGUCCAAUUGAAAAAUAGAUCCUGUUCCAAAUUAAAGUACCAUUCCAAGUCUGGACAGUGUGUGUGUUUCCAUUCUUUAGAACUCCUCUAUAGUCUGCAAUUAGGGUUCCUCCCAUGUAAUUGUAAAUCGUUUUCCAUUUAACACUUUUACAGGGUGUUCAAGAAAAAGCAUAACAAUGGACUUUAA